AUGGAAGAGCAGAGCGGCGGCUCGCGCCGAACGCGGUCGCAAGCCGCGCCGGACUGGACAGUGCAAGAAUCGGUGAUUCUCAUAAACGAGAUCAACGCGGUGGAAUCGGAAUGGGGUGGUACGUUGCCUUCCUUCCAGAAAUGGCAGCAAAUAGUGGAAAAUUGCAACGCGCUAGAGGUGAACAGGAACUUGAAUCAGUGCAAAAGAAAAUGGGAUGCAUUAUUAAACGAGUACAACAGGUUAAAGAAUGAAGAUGGAGGAGGAGCAAAUGGACUAUUAGAUAUUGAGGUUUUUAGGGCAAUUGACAGGUGUGUCAAGGCCAAAGGGAAGAAGAGUGACAGUCAUAGCACGGCGGCUGAGACUGAGGUUGAGGCGGUGGCGGAGGCGGAGGCGCAGUCUGUGAUGGAUACCGACCCGGAUUCUGACCCAGAAGCGCAGGGUCCUUCGACCACAUUCUUAUUGGAAACGGGUUCCAAGAAGCAAGGGCAGAGGAUGAAGCGCCAAAAGCGAAAAAUUCAAAGAUUAAAUCCAUGGGGAUACGUCACGAGUGGGAAAAUAAUGUUAGAGCAAACCAGCAGAAAUGAAAAGAUGUAUUCAAGUGCUAAUGAGGAGAGCAAUGUAGAAACGAAGGAAGAAACACUAGCUCAAAUUCUACGGGAAAAUGCACUGCAAAUUAAUGCAAUACUUGAAGGGAACCUAGCGGAUGAUGUGGACUACAGAUUAGCUGAUCUUAAAAACGCAGAUGCCGUACAGAUUGAUUUUGCUAGACGCCAAGGUGACAAGCUUAUUGACUGUUUUGGAAAAAUUUCGGAUACUCUUAACCAGCUUUGUGAUUUAGUCCGACAAUGA